UUAUAUACCAAUAUUUAAAUAUGAUAUAACAAUCAGUGUUUCUGGAUAUUUUUAUUAAAGAAUUUUAAUAUUUGAUUUUAAGUUUAAAGAAUAAACUAAAACUCGUCGAUCUUAUGUGUGAAAGAUGGAGCUAUUUGUGAUAGCAAUAUUCUCUAUCAUGUUGAUGAACAAGUUCGUUGUGUCGUUGACUCCACCAAAAUUGAACAGAUCGGAGCUUACCAAGUAUGUAAAUGCUGAUACAAGCAUUGCUGACAGUAUCUUGCGUGACUACGAUAAACGUUUUAUACCAACUAUAUCAGAUCCUUUGACAACGGAACUCAAAAUUGUAAUAGAAAAUGUUCUUAAAAUAGCAGACAUGGAGGCUGAGAUGAUUGUCUUUAUAAGACAAACAUGGUAUGAUUAUCGACUCUCGUGGAAUGGGACGAAGAGAAUAAAAGUCAGAGAACACUUUUUAGAUAAAAUAUGGAUUCCAGAUGUUCGCAUCACAAAUUUAAAAGAAAUUAAACGAUUUCCAGGACUCGGUGGAGUAAACAUGAACAUUUAUCCAGACGGGAAAGUGUAUUUAAGUCAAUUAAUCCACAUAAAACAAGUUGUCCAAUGGAACUACAUAGAUUUCCAAUUGAUAAUCGCUUAUGCAAAAUCGCAGCUAAACUUUACAACGUCAGGAGAGAAGGUCGAAGUUCGUCGACAUCAACUUCCGCAAUUUGAGUUGGUUCGAGCUGAGGACUUCUUGGAAAAUAAUAGCAAGUUGCCAGAGUUCACAGUCUCCUUGACGUUUCAAAGACGUGCAGGUUAUUAUAUACUUCAAGUGUAUAUACCGGCUUCAUUUCUUGUCGUACUUUCAUGGCUUGCAUUUCUCAUGGAAUCGUCAAAUAUCACGGAUCGUCUUACAUUGGAGAUCACCAUGAUUUUAUCGACUGUUUUUCUCCUCGACAGUAUCAAUAAUGGUGUUGCUCAGGUGUCCUACACAAAGACUUCGGAUCUGUUUGUCAUCGUAAGCUUUGCUUUUAUUUUCUUUGCAUUAUUGGAAACAAUGUUGGUCUAUCGCAUUUGUCGGCUGUCUCAGAAAGAAUCAACGAAAAUUAGUGACGUCGUUACAAGUUCACUGGAUAAGCAGCUAAAAUCUUGCAACGGAAACCUCGCCUAUGAUCAUAUUCGGGAAACUUUUGUAAACAACUCCGUUGAUCCAAUUCAAGUCUCAUCUUAUCAGGAGAGCAAUGGUACCAUAAACACCAAAAUAACAGAGAAAAAUAAAUCCACAGAUAUAUCAUGUUUGAUCGAUAAAAUCAGCUUGGUUUUGUUCCCCUUCACAUAUGUUGGAUUUAACAUUGGAUACUGGUGCUACUAUUUAAUGGAGCUAUUUGUGAUAGUAAUAUUUUCUAUCGUGUUGAUGAACAAGUUCGUUGUGUCGUUGACUCCACCAAAAUUCAACAGAUCGGAGCUUACCAAGUAUGUAAAUGCUGAUACAAGCAUUGCUGACAGUAUCUUGCGUAACUACGAUAAACGUUUUAUACCAACUAUGUCAGAUCCUUUGACAACGGAACUCGAAAUUGUAAUAGAAAAUGUUCUUAAAAUAGCAGACAUGGAGGCUGAGAUGAUUAUCUUUAUAAGACAAAUAUGGUAUGAUUAUCGACUCUCGUGGAAUGGGACGAAGAGAAUAAAAGUCAGAGAACACUUUUUAGAUAAAAUAUGGAUUCCAGAUGUUCGCAUCACAAAUUUAAAAGAAAUUAAACGAUUUCCAGGACUCGGUGGAGUAAACAUGAACAUUUAUCCAGACGGGAGAGUGUAUUUAAGUCAAUUAGUCCACAUAAAAACAAGUUGUCCAAUGGAACUACAUAGAUUUCCAAUUGAUAAGCAAACUUGUUUUUUAAACUUCUCCACGUUCGCUUAUGCAAAAUCGCAGCUAAACUUUACAACGUCAGGAAAGAAGGUCGAAGUUCGUCGACAUCAACUUCCGCAAUUUGAGUUGGUUCGAGCUGUGGACUUCUUGGAAAAUAAUAGCAAGUUGCCAAAGUUCACAGUCUCCUUGACGUUUCAAAGACGUGCAGGUUAUUAUAUACUUCAAGUGUAUAUACCGGCUUCAUUUCUUGUCGUACUUUCAUGGCUUGCAUUUCUCAUGGAAUCGUCAAAUAUCACGGAUCGUCUUACAUUGGAGAUCACCAUGAUUUUAUCGACUGUUUUUCUCCUCGACAGUAUCAAUAAUGGCGUUGCUCAGGUGUCCUACACAAAGGCUUCUGAUCUGUUUGUCAUUGUAAGCUUUGCUUUUAUUUUCUUUGCAUUAUUGGAAACAAUGUUGGUCUAUCGCAUUUCUCUGAUAUCCCAGAAAGAAUCAACGAAAGCUAGUGACGUCGUUACAAGUUCACUGGAUAAGCAACUAAAAUCUUGCAACGAAAACCUCGCCUAUGAUCAUAAUAAAGAAACUUCUUUGAACAACUCUGUUGAUCAACUUCAAAUCUCAUCUUAUCAGGAGAACAAUGGUACCAUAAACAUCAAAACAACAGAGGGAAAGAAAUCCACAGACAUAUCAUGCUCGAUCGAUAAAAUCAGCUUGGUUUUAUUCCCCCUUGCAUACAUUGGAUUCAACAUUGGCUAUUGGAACUAUUAUAUAUAAUUAAGAUUUCUUUUUAAAGAGAGGUUCAAUCAGUUCCUCAUAGAGAAUAGAACAAUAUACUGUGCAAAAAUACAAACCACUUUAACGGUUUUGUGUUUUCUGGAAUACUAAAUAAAUCAAACGUACAAAUCUUG